AAUUCAGUCAGUGGUGCCGCCUCUACUCUUGCCCCUGCUCCUACUGUUACCCCUGCUCCUACUCUUGUCCCUGUCUGUGCCCCUUUCCCUCCCCUCGCCAUUGCCCAUGCCUCUCCCCGUACUCUGUCCCAUACUCUCCCUAUCAUUGGUUCUGCCCGUGCUUCUCCUGGCCGUGCUCCUGCCUCUGAUUCUGCUCCUGCCGGUGCUCCUGCUCCUCCUCCUUCUGCAACCUUCUCUGGUCCUACCCCAGACCCUCCUCCUCCUGACGUGUUUCGUGCUCGGCGCUCUAGUGGUUUCGGUUUUGGAGGUGCCAAACAUGGACUUUUUCAGCAUGGACUUUUUUCCAUGCCUCCUCCUCCUCCUCCUAAAUCAUCUCUGCACCUCUCUGCUCCUCCUCCUCGUCCUCAAACCUCUCUGCACCUCUCUGCUGCUCCUCCUCAGGAGUGUGACUAUGCAGGUUUCUCAGGAAAUUCUUCUUUGGACUGUCUCUCUGCUCCCUCAGAUAUCAUCUCUGCCCCUUCUCCUCCUCCUUCUCCUCCUCCCCUUGUCUAUGUGGCUGCUACUCCUGCCGUUGCACGGAAGUCCAGAAAAGCACCUGUGCCGAAAAAGGCUUUCCACGACUUGAUGGAGGAGUGUUCUCACAGCCGGUCCAUGGCAGAAGACGGCGCACCUCUCAGCAUGAUUCAUCAUGUCAUCGAACAUGAGAAGAAAGCGAAAAAGGGGAUGCCACGGAAGGGCGGCGGCUUGGGAGAGACUUGGGAGAGACUGGCAUGUCUUCAGAGCCCAGCCUUGGAUGAAUGUAACUACCGUUCUAUGGCCCUUCCAGGGUGUUCGACGGAUGACUCCCUUGUGGAUUCUAUCUUUGGGUUCCUAGGUGCCCCCUGCGUAGAAAGUGAAGAAGUGUAUGAUGACUUUUCUUCAAUGUUCGUUCCGGAAGACCCAAGUCUUGAGAGGUGUGCUCCUCUCCUCGAGGAGUCCUCCGUCUGGAAGAUGGCAGGAAAAUCAUUAGUACUGGGGCAUGGAAGUCCUGUAGCAAAUUCAGUCAGUGGUGCCGCCUCUACUCUUGCCCCUGCUCCUACUGUUACCCCUGCUCCUACUCUUGUCCCUGUCUGUGCCCCUUUCCCUCCCCUCGCCAUUGCCCAUGCCUCUCCCCGUACUCUGUCCCAUACUCUCCCUAUCAUUGGUUCUGCCCGUGCUUCUCCUCCUGGCUGUGCUCCUGCCUCUGAUUCUGCUCCUGCCGGUGCUCCUGCUCCUCCUCCUUCUGCAACCUUCUCUGGUCCUACCCCAGACCCUCCCCCUCCUGACGUGUUUCGUGCUCGGCGCUCUAGUGGUUUCGGUUUUGGAGGUGCCAAACAUGGACUUUUUCAGCAUGGACUUUUUUCCAUGCCUCCUCCUCCUCCUCCUAAAUCCUCUCGGCACCGCUCUACUCCUUUUUUGGGCUUCCUCCGGUCAAGCCACUCCAGACAUGCUGCUCCUCCUCCUCGUCCUCAAACCUCUCUGCACCUCUCUGCUGCUCCUCCUCAGGAGUGUGACUAUGCAGGUUUCUCAGGAAAUUCUUCUUUGGACUGUCUCUCUGCUCCCUCAGAUAUCAUCUCUGCCCCUUCUCCUCCUCCUUCUCCUCCUCCCCUUGUCUAUGUGGCUGCUACUCCUGCCGUUGCACGGAAGUCCAGAAAAGCACCUGUGCCGAAAAAGGCUUUCCACGACUUGAUGGAGGAGUGUUCUCACAGCCGGUCCAUGGCAGAAGACGGCGCACCUCUCAGCAUGAUUCAUCAUGUCAUCGAACAUGAGAAGAAAGCAAAAAAGGGGAUGCCACGGAAGGGCAGCGGCUUGGGAGAGACUUGGGAGAGACUGGCAUGUCUUCAGAGCCCAGAGGGAUACUGGGAAUGCACUGAGGCAGUGGGAUAUCUCCUCGAUGUGGAUUUGAACUUCUUUGCCGGAGUUUUCCUGAAGGAAAAGGGCAUCGCGUCUCUUGGACCCAAGGCCCACGCUGACAUCCUGAGGCUGGUGUCCACCCUGCUGAUCCUGCAGCUGGUGCGAGUGAAGAAGCUGGUCAAGGGAGAGCUGCUGCAGUCACUGUUCCGCCUCAGAGAACCUCCUCAACACAGCUGUCCAGAGUGGGCGGCCCUGAAGCGAGCGGUGGACUGGGUGUGCUGGGCAGACAGGCAGUACCCGUGUGUGUGCAGCCGGCUGGAGUUCGGCCGCGACUGGGAGUCGUCCACCCGACAGCUCCUGGGCUUUGACCGCCCGCACCCCCUCUCCCCCCUGACCCCCCUGCUGGAGAGAAACCGCCUCAUACUGGCUUGCUAGACACAG